AUGACGAAGGCCAUGAGAUUGUCUAUAAGCGGAGCCAUAAAACUUUGGAAAGGAUAUGAAGCUCGUGUGAUGAUCUUACUAAGUCUUUGUCUCCAAAUCAUCCUCAUCAUAUUUGGUUCUCGGCGAAAAUAUUUAAAAAAUUAUUGGAUUAAUCUUCUUGUUUGGUUAGCAUACUUGGCAGCUGAUUUGGUGGCAACAACUGCCCUGGGCCUCAUUGCCAGUGGCGUUGAAUCUGAUCAUAAAUCCCUAAUAGAAAUCCAAGCAUUUUGGGCACCGUUUCUUCUCUUACAUCUUGGUGGUCCAGAUAGUAUCACAGCUUAUUCUUUGGAAGAUAAUGAAUUGUGGUUAAGGCAUUUGCUUGGGCUUGUUUUCCAAGUUGGAGUGGCGUUUUAUGUCUUUUUCUCAUGCUGGAGAAACAAUGUAUUGACAUUUAUCACGAUUCCAAUGUUUAUCACUGGAAUUAUCAAGUAUGGAGAAAGAACUUUUGUGCUUAGGUCUUCAGGAACUAAACAACUUAAAGACUCCUUGCGUCCAGCUCCUGACCCGGGUCCGAAUUAUGCUAAAAUUGUAGGAGACGUGCUAGGAUUUGGAAUAAUAUCAGAAAUGGAUCUAAAGUCAACAGCAAUUGUUCCUCAAUCCCCUCAAAUGCCAAAGGAAAAUGAUCUUGUUGAAGCUAAUUUUCUAUUCAAGAGAUUUAAGUAUCUGUUUGCAGGGUUGAUUCUUAGCACUCAUGAAAAAAAAGAUACACGCUCUAUCAUUCAUAAGAAGUCCGCAAAAGAAGCCUUCAAAUUGUUAGAAAUUGAGCUUGGAUUCAUGUAUGAUGUGCUUUACACCAAGGCCUUCAUUAUUUAUACUAGAUUGGGUAUGAUUCUUCGUUGCAUCUACCUAUUCUCCCAUGUUUGCAUAUUAGUUUUCUUCCAAACCAUGAUUCAUAAAUCUGUCUAUCCGCCAAUCGACAUCUCUAUAACUUAUGCACUCAUCUUCGGGGCUAUAGUUCUAGAGGCGUAUGCAUUCAUCACACUUGUUUUUUCCGAUUGGACACAACUUUGGAUGAUCAAUGGCAAUUAUAUAUCAAAUGAUGCAUGUUUUUAUGGUUUACGUUGGUGCAAUGGCAAGAGAUGGUCAAGAUCCAUGGGUCAAUACAACCUAAUAAGUUUUUGCCUCAAAGACAUAUCAACUAAAUGUAGUGACCUGCAGAAGUCACUUGGCAUCAAAGAAGAGUUAGAGAAGUACUGUAACUUGACAUGGAAAGAUGUGAAUGAUGAUUUGCAAGAACUAAUCUUUGAGCAACUCCAUAAGAUCACUAAAGAAAUUAUAGAAUGGAGUUUCAAUGUCGGUCACUACAAAAAGAUUUUGGCUCAAAGAGGUAAUAAUUGUCCUGAACAACUUCAUUGGAGCACAAUUGAGACCGAUUUUGACCGUAGCCUUCUUCUUUGGCACAUUGCUACUGAUCUUUGUUAUCAUGUUGAUUUGGAUCAUGAACAUGAAGAUGUUAAAAAACUUCCUCCAACAUGUAAAAUUAGCAAAUGUUUGUCAGAUUAUAUGUUAUACCUUUUAGUUGUAUGUCCAACCAUGUUGCCUAAAGGGAUUGGAGAGAUAAGGUAUAAAGAUACCUGUGCCGAGGCUAUGAGGUUUUUCAUUCAAAUGAAGUUUGCUAAAUCCACUAACAAAAAGCUUGCUUGCCAAGAAUUGCUUAACAUUAGCACUGAUAAUGACAUAGAUAUGAUAAAAGGAGGAAAAAGUCAGUCGGUGCUCUUUCAUGGAUGCAAGCUUGCUAAGGAACUACAAAAACUAGAAUCUGUCGAAAAUGGGAGUAAAGAAGAAAAAUGGAAGACAAUAAGUGAAGUUUGGAUGGAGAUAUUGGAAUAUGCUGCAAGUCGUUGUGAAUGGAAAGAGCAUGGGCGACAUCUUAUGCAAGGUGGCGAGUUUCUUACUCACUUAUGCCUUCUUAUGGCUCAUCUUGGCUUAAGUGAACAAUACCAGAUUGAAGCAGAAGAGAUUCCAUUGCCAACUUAG